AUGGAAAAACCUUUAGAUCACAUCAAAAGACCCAUGAAUGCUUUCAUGGUGUGGUCCAGAGGCCAGAGGAGGAAAAUGGCCCAGGAAAACCCAAAGAUGCACAACUCUGAAAUCAGCAAGAGACUCGGCGCGGAGUGGAAGCUGCUGUCCGACUCCGAGAAACGUCCGUACAUCGACGAGGCCAAGAGGCUGCGGGCUCAGCACAUGAAGGAGCACCCGAACUACAAGUACAGACCCCGGCGCAAACCUAAGAGUCUUCUGAAGAGGGACCGUUUUGUUUUCCCGCUGCCGUCUUUCCUCGGGGACGCAGCGGAGCAUUUGAAGGGAUUUUCCAUGGACUCCUUUCUUGUCCCCGGGGAUAAAGCCAGAGCGUUCCUCGCUCCCGUCUCCUCUCCCUCUUCCUUCUCGCUGCUGGAGCCGGUGGCGCAGUUCAGCACAGGAGCUGUCCAGCGGAUGGCGGAGAUGCCGCACGCUCUGGCUGCUGGCGCGCUGCCCUACAGCGCGCACACGUUUGGAUACCAGACUGGAGGGAUCGGGGGUCUUGCUUGCCACGGACAGCACACCCACACUCACCCGUCACCCUCCAGCCCGGGAUACGUGGUGCCGUGUAACUGUAGCGCCUGGUCUGCUGCCAGUUUGCAGCCUCAGGUUGCCUAUAUUCUCUUCCCUGGAGGGAUGACCAAGAGCGGCAUGGACUCGUACACUUCACCCAGCUCCAGCGUGUGACAGACUGGAUAGCGCACAGGACCUCCCCAUAAUAUGACUGAAGCAAAAUAACUGGGCUACAAUACAUUUUUCAUCCUUCAAAUAGCAAAACUGGAUAUUAGGCUCGUGUUUCUGCAGAUAUCAAGUGCUUUUCAAAAUGCCAUAAAUUGCUGUUUAUCUAUAGCCAACUACUGAGCACCACAAACUCAC